CCACGCUUACCACUUCACCACCAGCGCCGCUAGAGCCGAUCAGUUGAUUAAACAUCCUUCCCACCAUUACAACCAACGUUGUAUUCUCGGCAAACAAGAAACACAUUUUCCCAACAUUCCGUGCAACAUUGAAGCAGUUGGCAAACAAAGACAGUCGAUACACACUAGGCAUCGCUCGAAAGCAAAGAAGCUCAGUAGCUCGCGAACAGCCAUCCAAAAUGGAGCCCAUUCUCGCCUAUACUCUUCUCAUCGUGGCAAUCCUCGUUCCGGCCGUGCAUCCCAAUCCUCUGCCCCAGGGCCAAUGCACCGCCACCGACGACGACCUGAGCUCAAUAAAGUCCGCCCUGCAGAAAGCCACCGGCGGCCGGGCAGCUCCGGAUGACAUUCUCCCGCAGGAAACCCUCGACCGGUGCCCCAUGCUGAAGGCCAUCACCGGGAAAAUCAAGUCCGUAGCCGACGAAAUCAUGCAGUUGAAGGAAAGCUCCAUCACGACCGAGCAGGUGGACGAGCUGAAGGAAUCGUUCGAGCAGAAGGUGAGCGAAAUCAUGAAAAGCCGGGAUAUUUUCGAAAAGCAGUCCAACCUCGAAGCGACCAAGGAGCACGGGCAGAUGAUCGAUCGAAUGACGGCCCUCCAGGUGAAGGUGGUAGAACUGGAGAAGGAAAUUGCCGAAAAGACGAAGCAAAUGUACGAGGACAUGGCCGAGCUGAUUUUCGUGCGACUGCAGAUGAACAGUACGGACCUUAUCCGGAACUACACCAAGCACAUGAUGGAUCAGAAGUUGGACGAGCUGAUGCGCAAGCUGGAGACGGACUACAAAGUGUUCCUCGGCGCGUUGCGAUUCCUGAACCACCUGAACGAUCAGAACCUGAUCGAUAAAGUGUUCGAUGGGGUUCUGAAGCGGCUGCACGAUAUGAAGCUGGAUAGCGAUACGGAUCGGGAGCACGGAAAGUACACCCUGGUGAAUCUACUGUGCUGGACGGUGAACAACAAAUUUCUGACGAAAAAGUACAUAGCCAAGCAGUCCGAAUUGUUCGGAAUUGCGUUGAAGUUCUAUCCGGACACGGGUAACAAGCAGGCCAACGCAGCGGAUGUACGGAGUCGGCAGUACUGCGAUGCCAUGUUCCCGGCCAAUGUCAUCACGUGGUUUGCCGUGAGCCGCGGGAAGUAAGGUUGAAGGUUUCUGAUAAUUUUGGAAAGUGAAAUUGAUUGUCAAACUUGGAUGGGUGUGUUUUCUAUGCUCGAAAAACUCCUUCAGCUGUUGAAUCUGAUCAGCUUAGCUCCCUCGGUAUGCCAGGGAGUCCAUCUAGGUGGAAAACAACAUUCUGGUGGUGA